UUAUUAAUCACUCACUCUUCCAUUCAGCAAAUGUUGCAUUUUGUUUAUACAAAGGCUUUGCUUCAGUGCAGACUGUUCAGUAGACUUAGGAAUGAAGUUUUCAUCCAAAUCUGAUGCAGAGACAGAGAACAUGGACCACAAUUCAUGGCAUGCUAUCCCUCUUGACUAUGGCAACUCUGAAGUAACGAGAUCACUAAGAGACAUACCACCGGCUCACUACAUUUUCAAGAUCGAGCGAUUUUCACUACUCUCACAAAUACUAACAGAUACUGAAGAGCAGAAUUAUGAAUCUGACAUUUUCGAAGCCAGUGGCUACAAAUGGAAAUUGUCUCUCUACCCAAAUGGUGACAAAGAAAGAGAAGGGGAAGGACACAUCUCUGUCUACUUGGUCAUUGUAGAGACAAGAAAUUUACCUCUUGGUUGGGAGGUCAAUGUGAACUUCAAAUUGUUUGUGUAUAAUCAAAUUCAAGACAAGUAUAUGACUAUCCAAGAUAUCAAUGGGAAGGUAAGACGCUUUCAUGGGAUGAAAAGAGAGUGGGGUUUUGCCCAAUUACUCCCUCUCAGUACUUUCAAUGAUGCUGCCAAUGGAUACCUCAUUCGAGACACAUGCGUGUUUGGAGCAGAAGUUUUUGUUAUAAAUUAUACUGGCAGAGGAGAGUGUCUGACCUUAGGGAAGGAACUUGACAAUACUCACACUUGGAAGAUUGAUAACUUCUCAUCUCUAGAUGGCAAAAUUCAUUUCUCAGAUGUCUUCACUAUUGGAAAUCAUAAGUGGAAGCUAUGGCUCUAUCCCAAAGGAGAUUCACUGGAAAAGGACAAAUGGUUGUCCCUAUAUUUAGUGUUAGAUAAUUGGAAUACCUUUCCUUCUGAACGAAAAACAUAUUCAAAAUUCAGUCUGCGCAUUAGGAACCAAUACAAUGACCAGCAUGUGGAAUUUACAGCUUCCAACUGUUUCUCUGCUUCAAACUUCGCCGGUGGUGUCUCUUCAUUCCUGUCGUUAACUGACCUUCAUGAUGCUUCUAUGGGCUUCCUUGUGAAUGAUACUUUAAUUGUUCAAGCUAAAGUUAUUGUCACAUCCACAGUGAAGAAUUUCUCAGAGUAAACAUAUACAUAAUUGAGGCUUUUAUCUCUGUAGUAAUUCACUAUUAUUGUAUUGUUUUAUUUCUUCCUUCUAAAUGUUGAAAACGUAUGUUAAUGGUAAUAUUUCUGGGAAACAACAAUUGAACUA